CCGUGUCCGCGUUAAAGAAGUUACAAUCCAGCCACAGGCACGGUCACGCUGCUGGCAUUAAUCCCAAGCUAUCGCAUCUUGCUUUGAAAGACUCCAGAGGGGGGAAGUUUUGUUUUUGUCUACGAGGGAUUUUUCCCACGUAGGAAACAAUGUGUGUAAUUCCAGAAGUAAAACAUCUCGAAUUACUAACGCAAGAAGGGAACUAGUAUGAGAAGGAAAACUCCAGCACCCGGGUCGCCCUCCCUCCGUCUGCCUCCUGACCGGCCCUGGAGACGCCGUCACAAGACUGCUCCUGGACUGCAGUCACGGGUUUCACUACAACUUGCAGCGAAGCAAGCUGCUCCGCCGACUGCCAGAGACAUUUAGUAACAGGAAACGUGUUUGGUUUUUUUUCCCCUCUUCUCCGGGUGCACUUGAACCGCUGGUCUUGUGUAACCAAGCUCCUAGGAGUCACGCAAGAAGGAUACAGUUAACUCAGCCCGCCGUAUCUCUGCAUGAGUGCCUCCGCACCAUGAUAUCGGUGGAAGAAGCGAGGGCGCGCCUGGAGGCGGCCGGGCAGUCGCACCUCCUCCGGUUCUGGCCUGAGCUCUCCCCCGGGGAGCGACGCCGCUUUCUGGGCGAGCUGGCUCAGUUCGACCCGGCGCAGCUGCGCGGCCACUGCCGAGCCGCGGCGGAGGCGGCCCGCCGGGAGCCCAGCGCCCACGACCGGCUGGACCGGCGCCUGGAGCCGGUCCCGCCCGAAUUCAUAGGCGGCGUCGGGAGAAGCGACCCGGACACCCUGAAGGCAUGGGAAGACGAAGGGUUCCUGCAGAUUUCUCGCAGCCGGGUGGCCGUGCUGCUGUAUAUAAUGACCAGUGAGUUUACCCUAGAGCCUACGGAGAAUUUCUUCAAGGAAAACAACUAUUUCAACUUGGCCCGGUCCAAUGUCGUCAUGUUUGAACAAAGGAUGAUCCCAGCGGUGUCCUUUGAUGGAAAAGUCAUCCUGGAAAAUAAAGGCAAGAUAGCGAUGGCACCAGAUGGCAAUGGCGGUCUGUACCAGGCACUGCUGGAUAAUAAGAUCUUGGAGGACAUGGAGAAGAGGGGCGUCCAGUACCUUCAUGUGUAUUGUGUGGACAACAUCCUGGUGAAAAUGGCUGAUCCGGUUUUCAUCGGCUUCUGUGUCAAGAAGGGGGCGGACUGUGGAGCCAAGGUGGUGCAGAAGGCCCACCCGGCCGAGCCGGUGGGCGUGGUGUGCCGCGUGGGCGGAGUCUACCAGGUGGUGGAGUACAGCGAGCUCAGCCCAGAGACGGCCGAGAAGCGGCACCCCGACGGCACGCUGGUCUACAGCGCCGGGAACAUCUGCAACCACUUCUUCACCCUCGACUUCCUCAGGGCGGUCUCCGAGAAGUGUGAGAGCAAGCUGAAGCAGCACGUGGCCCUGAAGAAAGUGCCCUGCGUGGACGAGGAGGGGAACUGGGUGAAGCCCGAGAAACCAAACGGCAUCAAGAUGGAGAAGUUUGUGUUUGACGUCUUCCAGUUUUCCAGGGAUUUUGUGGCCUUUGAGGUACGGAGAGAGGAGGAGUUCUCCCCGCUGAAGAACGCCGACACAGCCACCAAAGACACGCCUGCCACUGCUCGCCGGGCACUGCUCUCCCAGCAUUACCGCUGGGCCUUAGCCGCUGGGGCCAGCUUUGUCGACGGCCAGGACAGGAAGUUACCGCCCAUGCCCCGACUGGCAGACACAGAAGACCCCCCCGCCACCUGUGAGGUUUCUCCUCUGGUCUCCUAUUUCGGAGAGGGCCUCGAGGCGAUACUGAAAGGCAAGGAGCUGAAGUCUCCCCUCGUUCUGGAGGAGAAGGUGGCAGAGGAACUCGGAGCUCAAUAGCCAACCUGUGUUUUAAGGAAAAUAGUCGUUUAUAGUGUAACUUGUGUUGUUUUAGUGCAGAUGAGUACAAAUUAUCAAGGGAUCAAACGUGCCUUCAACUAGAAAACAAUUGUGAUUUCGUAACAGCUUGCGAAAGGAACACAAACAAUUCCUGAAAUACAAAACAGCAUUUCUUGGGAGUCCGGCUUCCUCUAUGGCAAAGGCGCUAUAUUAAAGCUUUAACUGUGAUGCUUGAAGUCUGUUUUAAUUACCAAAACAUUCCAGUGUACUGUACUUUCGAAAUGCAGUGUUUUUGUGAAAAUGCAGUGUACUGUAUUUUCAAAAAGUCUUGUCUUUUCAGAGAAAAAGUAACAAAUAUUGCAUUCCGUUAUCUGGAAAUGUUUACACCUGAAAAGCAUCAAGCACCAAUUAAUUGUGAAAGCAGGAAUAACCAGGGUGUAUUAUUAAGCAAUAAAAUACUUAGGGUUGUCUGGAUUGGAUGCCUGUCUUCUAAAUAUACAAUUACACAAAUGCUAUAGACCUAUAGAUAUAGUAUUUAUAAAGCCAUGAUUGUCUUUGGCCUUUUACCUGCUUAUUUUCAUUCACAUUGUGAAUAUUAUUUUUUAAUACAUUUUUAGCAGCCAGACAUUGUACAGGUUUCAAAAGGGAUUUUAGUGGGGAAGGAAUGUCUAACAUUGUGGAAUAUUAAAAAAAAAAAUACUGUCUUUUUGUAGUUUGCUGGUAAACUUUUUAGUUUCUUAAAAUGUAAUUGUUAAUCUGUGUUGCAAAUUGGAGUUGAUCAUUUCUGUACCAGGUAUAAGAUAUAAAUAUGUAUCUAAGUGUAAAGUAGUUAACAGGGCUCUGGAGUUAGAACUACAGUGUUGUGAGUUUGAAAGCAGCGUGGGACACCGCUGUUGUAGAUUUUACUCGGUUUGCUUCAGUAAAAUACCCAGUUGUGUAAAUGGAUAUGCUUUGGGUAAAAGCGUCAGACAGUGCAUCGAUACUUCAUUUAUUAGUGACCUGAACAACCAGUCAAGAACACUGUGAAUCAUGUUUACAAAACGAGGCAUUAAUAAAAUGUAUUUAACAUUCG